AUGACUUCUUACCAAAGUUUACAUGAGACGUUUUUCCGUACCGACACCAAGGCCGGAGACAACAACUUAAGCUUCAAAGGCGAAGUGAAAAUUUAUGGCUCUGAUUCCGAGACGACCACCGAGGGCAAGUUUAUAUAUUACAACUUGCUCUUAAUUGUCCCUAGAGGAAUCAUGCGCGUAAAUAAUCAGAAUCCCCUUGUCACCCCGAGAAUCGACGUGCUCCUCAAAUCGCCAAACUUGACCAAAUACGGAUAUAGUCUUUCUGCAGGAGAUUCCUAUACAGUCUCCGGAAGCAUCAACGCCGAUGAGGAAGGCAAUCAUAUCUUUGAGCUCAACCCGCUUUUGGCUCGACGUCAUAUGCCUGUCAUUUGCCCAUUUUUAUUCAACAGGAUGAUUGUUGAAGGCCGAGGGUCUAUACAAGAAGUAUUUUCUGUUUCGAAGGAACAAAAUUCCGAGCGCGCUUAUUCAGAGUUCAAUAUUAAAAUUAUGCCAACAGCAAGGAUUAGUGGCGUAGCCAAAAGCGGAGAAAUUAAGGCCUCUCCAGACGUGAUCAAGAUUGUGAAGACGCUGUGUUUUGAUCAGAACGACGGGAAAGAACUUGAAGGCAGCGAUCCACUAGCUCACGAAACGGAUGUGAUCGUGGACCCAGCAACACGCCGAGAUGUGGCAUUGAUCCGCAAGAUGGGCUUUGGGGUCUCUGAGAUCGGCGAGAAGCGGCUGAAAGGCCUGGAGAUGCCCGAGUUCAUCUUGCUGAUCUAUCCGUGCUUGUUGGCCGGAAGACUCAACAACCAAGGCACCUUGUUCGGUGGGCCCGACUCCAAGGUCGAUGAAGUCUAUGAACCGGCCCCGAGGAUGCUGGACGUCAAUCCCAUCAGACAGUUGGCUGCAUUGGUCGUCAGACUCGAGGCUGUGUCCGCAGCGACGGUCCAUGCGCCCUUAAGUUUCAGCCCCAGCUCGCCAAACCCGACGAACAAACUGACAGCCUGUCCCGGGGGAGAAGAGGGCGGAGGAGCAGGCGGGAGCGGAGGGAGCGCGCCGAAGCGGCCAAAAUCAAAGCUCCUGAACGGCCAUCUGCUGACCUACCCGAUCCGGCUGGAGUCCACCGACGAAGAGCUCGCCGCGAUCCUCGAAAACCAGGUGAUCUGGAUCAAAACCGUCAUCUCGAGCCUUGAGUUAUGCUCCCUCGGCCCCAUCUAUGACUUUCUGUCGGCCCUCGGCGACACCGUUAAGAUCCAGCCUAACGUGCUCCUACAUGCGCUGGAAUCGUUUGGCCUCGCGUCCAAUGCCGCCGGCUUGUUCUGA